AAGGUAAAUUCAAUCCCUGUAUACAAGUGGCCCCGACUAACCCUUCACAGGCAGCGGCACGUAUCAAGCAAACACUCAAUCCCCAGACUUCAUCAAAAAAGUCCCAAAAACCACUCCUCCACAAUGAUCAUCACCAAGGAAAACCGCAGGGCCAUCUACGAGUACCUCUUCAAGGAGGGUGUUCUCGUCGCCCCCAAGGACUUUAACCGACCCACCCACCCCGACAUCCCCUCCGUCCGAAACCUCGAGGUUGUCAAGGCCAUGCAGUCCCUCAACUCCAAGGGCUACGUCAAGACCCAGUUCUCUUGGCAGUGGUACUACUACACCCUCACCGAGGAGGGUCUCGCCUACCUCAGGGAGUUCUUGCACCUUCCUUCCGAGAUUGUGCCCAACACCCACGUCAAGCCCGUCACCAGGGCCCCCGCCAGGACCGGCGGCCAGAGGGAGGGUGCCUACAGGGCCCCCCGAGGUGACAGGGAGUACAGGAGGAAGGACGAGGGUGGAGAGGAGCGACCCCGAUUCGGUGGUGUCGGCCGACCCUCCGCUUAAGCGGUUACCCCUAGGGUACUGUUAAAGGAUCGAGAGGCAGUGAGGGGAUGAAAACGAGUGUUGGCGCGGAGAGCAUGGGAGAGCAAUUCGUUGGGAUUUCAUGCAUUGACCCGUAGCCGCUUGACCUAUUCAAUGGAACGCCGAACAGAAGCAGAGGUGUAACGCUGACUCGAGACUCCUUUGGACGGUCGUGUACGAUUCAUGCCUGUUGGAGGCCAGCAAAUUCGAUCGAGUCAGAGCG